AUGGCAUCACGGCCUGGAUGUUGGGCAGGACACCACCCUGGGCGAUGGUCACGCCGGACAGGAGCUGGGGAUAAGAAAAAGCGCAGGAAGAGGAGGGAAUCCUACGCCAUUUACAUCUACAAGGUGCUAAAACAGGUCCACCCAGACACCGGUGUUUCCAGCAAGGCCAUGAGCAUUAUGAACUCUUUCGUCAAUGACAUCUUUGAAAGAAUCGCUGCCGAGGCCUCCCGUCUGGCUCACUACAACAAGCGAUCUACCAUCACCAGCAGAGAGGUCCAGACAGCUGUCCGUCUCCUUCUGCCCGGAGAAUUGGCCAAGCACGCUGUAUCCGAGGGAACCAAGGCCGUCACCAAGUACACAAGCAGUAAAUAAACUGCACACUUGCAGUCCACUCAAACAAAACGGCCCUUAUCAGGGCCACACAAAUUUUUCGAAAAGAUUCCUUCUCUACAGUGUUGAGAAACGAUGUGGUUGUUAACAGAAAUGUAUUAUAUUUUUAAUGAAAACUCGACUUAAUAAAUACAUAGAUUUUAUUUUCUCUAAGAGUGCAAAUUCUGUG